CGUAUUUUUAUUUUUAUUUAUUUAUUUAUUUUUAUUUAUUUAUUUUUUUUUUAAAUAUUAAACAUUCUUUAUAUUAUCAACUAAGAAAUAUUAUUGUGCUAUAUACAUGAUUUAAUAAACUCUUAUGCUCUUACAUAUAUCGCUCGGGUGCAAGAUUCAAUAACAUUAGACCAAGUCAAUUCGGCGAUGGAGAAGAUGCACACCAUCAUGACCAUGCGGUCUUACUGUAUUUUAUCGAUGCUACUAUUAGCCUGCGCUGCUGCAAAGUUGCAGUAUUUUAGUGUAUGUAAUGACAAUACAUGUAGAUGGAAUGGUGCUGGGUUUUACUCAGGAUGGCUACCCGAUGACGUAAGGUCUUUGAAUUUUGAUUACUUUGAUGCACGAGCAGUAAUGGAUCUCACCCACACGUCAGUGCAGGUUGUAUAUAUUGAUUAUGCCCCAUCCUGUGAGAGCAUCAACAUAAAAUCAAACAGAGCUGUGACCGUGUACAUAGAGGACAUUAAAUGUGUAAAACCUUCCACAGCUGAUGCAUCCCCCCGCACUAUAACACAUCCCUCCACAGCUGAUGCAUCCCCCCGCACUAUAACACAUCAGGGUGACAGUGCUUCUCGGCCUCAGUCCUCCACACAUGAUUUUCUCCCUACUUCAACUCAUGUUCGAAGAUCCUCCACAACUGAUGCAUCCCCUACACCAGUUCUUAAUCCUGAAUUAACAACUCCACCAUCAGUGGAUGACGGCAGCAACAGUAACUUGAGUUUAAGUACUAUCUUAAUCAGUAAGUAUAUUUAUUUAUAA